GCUACAUCAACAAUAAGACCAAGCCCAAUAUCAAAAGGCCCAUAAUCUAACCCGCCAGUUAAUUUUAACGGUCCUCCGUCAAAGUCGCCGCUCUUCUCUUCCACCACUUAACGUCAGUGGUCCGUUUGACAGACAGACCUGUGACUGUGAGUGGAGAAGAUAAUGCAGACACACCUUUUGGUGGGACCCAUCCCACUCAAGGGCUGCCGUCGAUUCUCAUCCUCCUUCUCCGGCGAUCUCUUCCCUCCGUCGUCUAAUCCUUUCGGCGGAGAUCUACAACACCACCACCGUCGAAGGCACCGCGACGGCAGAUCUCGCUGUCACCGCACUCGCUCGAAAACGACGGUUACUUCUGCGGCGUAUUCUUCGUCGUCUUCUUCGGCUUCUAAUACCGGUGGGCAGAACCAUUAUGUUGUUUUGGGCAUCGCUCGUAACGCUACACAAGUUGACAUCAAGAGGGCUUAUCGCCUGCUCGCUCGAAAGUUUCAUCCUGAUGUUAAUAAGGACUCUAAAGCCGGCGAGCUAUUCAAGACCAUUCGUUGUUCCUACGAAGUACUAUCUAAUGAAGCUACGAGGACUCAGUACGACCGUGCACUUAAAAUUCAAGAAAAUUCCCGGUUCCAUAGAGUGAAAAGGCACAACUACACCCCUGAGGUUGAAGAUGCCAUGAAUUAUUACUACAGCUGGUAUGAGAAAAGACACAGAUCCAGACAAUAUUCUACAUAUCCAAACUCACAUUUCUACACUGAGACUGAGCCGCAAGAAGAAGAAGAAGUAGAAACAGCACAAGACCAGCGAGACUCCUUUGUCGAAGCUCUCAGAUCCGCCUUAUUAUCGAUGUUUCUUCUAUAUACAUUCGGUUGCCUAGCAUCUCUCACAUUUAGCACAUUCACAGCUUUGCUCGACAAGGAACUCGACAUGGGUUACAAAGUCGGAUUCAUGAUCGCUUGGAUACUAGGCGGAAAAGGCGGCAUCCUUCUCACUCUCUGCCUAACAUUUGCAAGCUGGCUCUGUGGGAAAGCAAGCAGCAGCGUGGUGGUUCUUGUGGUAGUGGCAAUGUGGGUUGGCUCGAAUUUAGCUAGACAUGCUCCUCUUCCACAAGGAGCUCUUCUCACCCUCCUCUACAUGUCAAUCAAGCUUCAAGUUGACUCAACCUGAAUCUUAUUCUCUAAGUUUCCACUACGUUUAGGUUGUAAAUAGCUAGAUUACAUUGUUCUCUAUUCUGUCCUAUGAUUGGGAUAUUGGAGAAAAUCGAAAUAGUAGUAAAGAGAAGAAAUUGCUUGAAGGGUUACAACA